CCCUCCCUCCUGUCUCCACCAGCUCCUGCCGCUCAAUGAUUAGCUCUCUGUUCCCCUUCUCCCUCCUCUCUCUCUAACCCCAAACCAAAACCCUGGUUUUCUCUCUUCCUUCUCUGUAUCUAGUUGCUUCUCGCUGCUCCAACGUCUUGUUUUGCGGUUAGUUUGUGUUCUACUCUAGUGGGUAUGUCGAAUUCUGAUAGUGGAGCAAACAACGGUGGCGGUGUCACCAACGGCGCUUUAAUUGACCCGCAGAGGCAGCAGCCGCCGGGGACUAAUGGUGCCUUGGCCGUGAAAAAGCCGCCAUCUAAGGACCGACACAGUAAGGUCGACGGACGUGGGCGGAGAAUCCGCAUGCCGAUCAUUUGCGCCGCACGUGUCUUUCAGUUGACUCGUGAGCUCGGUCAUAAAUCUGAUGGCCAGACCAUCGAAUGGCUCCUUCGUCAAGCAGAGCCUUCAAUUAUUGCGGCUACUGGGACAGGAACUACUCCGGCCAGCUUCUCCACCGUUUCUGUGGUACGCACGGGAGGUAACUCCAAUUCGCUAUCGUCUAUUUCGUCGUCUACGAAUUCAUCUGCAAUGGACCACAAACCACUGUUGGGACCCACACCAUUUAUUCUAGGGAAGCGGGUGAGGCCGGAGGAUGACAAUAAUGGAGGUAAGGACGACGGUGGGGUUUCAGUUGGCUCCACGGUCGGGUCUUUGGUGGGGUCCGCAGCCGCUGGCGUUGCACCUGGGGGCUUCUGGGCGGUGCCUGCCAGGCCUGAUUUCUGGGGUUUCGCUGCUGCAGCCCCGCCGGAAAUGGUUGUGCAGCCGGCUGCAGUGGCAGCGCAGCAGUCGUCGCUCUUCGUUCAGCAACAUGCAGCGGCAGCAGCAGCAGCAGCAGCUAUGGGAGAGGCAUCCGCGGCAAGGGUAGGAAAUUACCUCCCUGGACAUCUGAAUUUGUUGGCCUCUUUAUCUGGUGGGCCAGGAAGUUCAGGGCGAAGAGAGGAGGAUCCUCGUUGAGAUUGGACAUACGAAUGUGAUGACGACGCUGGUUUCAGUGGUGGCGGUGGUGUUUUAUGGUAUAUAUAUUAAUAGCAUGAGUAUGUGAAUUUGUUGCAUUUUGUUUGUGUGUGAAGAGGAAUGGUGAGCAUGUUACUGAAAUUAGGGGUAACGUCUUUAGGGUUUGUCUUUGUUUUGGGAGAAAAUUCAACUAUGAUUGAAUGUAUGGAUUCAAUUAGUGAGUAGUUUUGUUUGAAGAUUAAUUAGGGUUUCCUUAGGGUUUGAAAUUGCUUAGCUUCUUUAUUUUUGGGGUGUAGGACAAGAGGGGGCGAAAAAUGAUUGGAGUUCUUGUUAUGGGAAGGAAUUAAGGAAUUGGGUUGAUGAGUUGUAGUGCUCAGAGCAAGAAUUUGGUUGGUCAACAAUUACUUGUUGGGGUAAGCUUAGAAGGUUUCUUUCCCAUGUUAUGGCAUGCUUGCUAAUUCGGGUUUGAAGUAUCGUUGGAGUGCAAGGGCUUGGUUCAUAAUUCUCUUUUGUUGCUUUUGUUGAUCACAAAGAAAAGCUAGCUUAUUUGCUCUGCUGCAAUCUGGGUUCUUGUAACCAGAAGAUCCAGAUGAUUAUUUUGAUGAUUCUGUUGUGAUUCUCCACUGUGCCUACAGAUUGUUUUCUUGCUCUCUCUCCCUAUUUCAGAGUUUGUGUUGGUGUACUGAUCUCAAAGGAGACUGGUGUGUGUGUGGGAAAAAGCUCUGGUGCCUCUCUGUAAGACCUCUGUUUUGAAACUUCUUUUUUACUGGAAUUCUUAGCCAUUUCUGUUGGAAACUUUUACCAGUAUUAUUCUUAGUCAUUUCUUAGAUUAAUUAGCGUGAAAAAUAAUGCGUUCCAUGUAUCUACAUAACUGGAUUGUUUCUUUUCUCUUUUUGGGUUGUCUGCUGUGUUAAUAAGAAACCCAUUUGUUUGCUCAGUCUUCCCUCUGUGCUUGCCAUGGUUUUUAAGCUCAAUGUACAUAUAUCAACUUGUUCUGCUAUUAAUAAUCUCACUUGGGUAUUAAAGAUUUUUAUUAUUUGGAUAUA